AUGCUGCUCCCCCGGCUCUGCUGGCUGCCGCUGCUCGCGGGGCUGCUCCCGCAGGCGCCCGCGCAGAAGUUCUCGGCGCUCACGUUUUUGAGAGUCGACCAAGACAAGGACAAGGACUGCAGUUUGGACUGCGGGGGUCCCGCCCAGAAACCCCUAUGCGCCUCGGACGGGAGGACCUUCCUGUCUCGCUGUGAAUUUCAGCGCGCCAAGUGCAAAGACCCCCGGCUAGAGAUUGCUUACCGUGGCAACUGCAAAGACGUGUCCAGGUGCGUGGCCGAGAGGAAGUACACCCAGGAACAAGCCCGGAAGGAGCUGCAGCAGGUGUUCGUCCCCGAGUGCAGCGACGACGGCACCUACAGCCAGGUCCAAUGCCACAGCUACACGGGGUACUGCUGGUGCGUCACACCCAACGGGAGACCCAUCAGCGGCACUGCCGUGGCCCACAAGACGCCCAGGUGUCCCGGUUCCGUAAAUGAAAAGUUACCCCAACGGGAAGGCACAGGAAAAACAGUCUCCUUGCAAAUCUUUUCCGUUCUGAAUUCAGAUGAUGCCUCAGCUCCAGCGUUGGAGACUCAGCCUCAAGGAGAUGAGGAAGAUAUUGCAUCACGAUACCCCACGCUUUGGACUGAACAAGUUAAAAGUCGACAGAACAAAACCAAUAAGAAUUCAGUGUCCUCAUGUGACCAGGAGCAGCAGUCGGCCCUGGAGGAGGCCAGACAGCCCAAGAACGACAACGUGGUCAUCCCCGAGUGCGCCCACGGUGGCCUCUACAAGCCGGUGCAGUGCCACCCCUCCACGGGCUACUGCUGGUGCGUCCUUGUGGACACCGGCCGCCCCAUCCCGGGCACGUCCACCAGGUACGAACAGCCGAAAUGUGACAACACGGCCAGGGCUCACCCGACCAAAACAAGGGAUUUGUACAAGGGCCGCCAGCUACAGGGCUGUCCUGGUGCCAAAAAGAACGAGUUUCUGACGAGUGUGCUGGACGCGCUGUCCACAGACAUGGUCCAUGCUGUCUCCGACCCCUCCUCCCCGGGCAGGCUCUCGGAACCUGACCCCAGCCACACGCUGGAGGAGAGAGUGGUCCACUGGUAUUUCAAACUGCUGGAUAAAAACUCCAGUGGGGACAUCGGCAAAAAGGAAAUCAAGCCCUUCAAGAGAUUCCUUCGGAAGAAAUCCAAACCCAAAAAAUGCGUGAAGAGGUUUGUUGAAUACUGUGAUGUGAGUAACGACAAGUCCAUUUCCCUGCAAGAGCUGAUGGGCUGCCUGGGCGUGACCAGGGAAGAAAGUGAAACUAACACGAGGAAGCGGCACACCCCUAGAGGUAAUGCUGAAAGCACUUCUAAUAGGCAGCCAAGGAAGCAAGGAUAA